GCUGCCGAAGCCGCGGCGCUGGCCGGAGCCGUCCCGGCGGCGGGGGCGGCGCGGGGCCGGGCCGGGUCGGGCCACCGGUCCCUCCUCCCCGAUCCCCCGCCGCUCCCCCUUCGCUCCUUCCCGUUCCCUCCCGUUCCCUCCCCGCCUCCCUGCGCAGCGCGAACAUGGCGGCGGCGGCGGCGGCGAGGGACUGAGCAGCGCCAGCGCUCGGCGGCCGCGCAGGUUUUGCUAUGCCGCAGUGUUUGUACUGACUCUGCUGUCUUGUAGGAGUGAUGGGGAACUAGAGCCCAUGACAGUUCAGUGGAGCCCUUGGCACUUUUGAUAUCUUGACAUCUUCAGUUCUGUAAGAGCAGCCCAGUCCCAGGAUAAGGACAGCAGCAGGUGGUAGAAUGCGGAAACCAGGCCCUCAGAAAGCCAUAGACUGGAAAGAUGGUAAAAAGCACAAGUACAGCCGCCCGUCAGAGUCUCCCUCCCAGUACCAAGGUCACUUCACCUGGGAGAAGUACCUGAAAGAGACAUGUGCCAUCCCAGCUCCUGCCCAUUGUUUCAAGCAGUCUUACACUCCACCUGCAAACGAGUUCAAGAUCAGUAUGAAGCUGGAGGCCCAGGACCCCCGGAACACCACGUCCACGUGCAUCGCCACCGUGGUGGGGCUGACGGGCGCCCGGCUCCGCCUGCGCCUCGACGGCAGCGACAACAAGAACGACUUCUGGAGGCUGGUGGACUCUGCUGAGAUCCAGCCCAUUGGGAACUGUGAGAAGAAUGGAGGGAUGUUGCAGCCUCCACUGGGCUUCCGGCUGAAUGCCUCCUCCUGGCCCAUGUUCCUUCUGAAGACUCUGAAUGGAGCAGAGAUGGCUCCUGUCCGGAUUUUUCACAAGGAACCACCAUCUCCUUCCCAAAACUUCUUCAAGACAGGUAUGAAGCUGGAAGCAGUGGACAGGAAGAACCCUCACUUCAUCUGCCCGGCCACCAUUGGGGAGGUGAGAGGUUCUGAGGUCCUCAUAACAUUUGAUGGCUGGAGAGGUGCCUUCGAUUACUGGUGCCGAUAUGAUUCCCGGGACAUCUUUCCCGUAGGCUGGUGUUCGCUGACUGGAGAUAAUCUGCAGCCCCCUGGUACAAAAGUUGUGAUUCCAAAGAGCCCUUUACCUGCCUCCGAAGUAAACUCGGAGAAACCUAGCAUGCACAGUAGCACAAAGACUGUUUUGGGGCAUCAACAAGGGCAAAGGCGUCGCAAAACAGGGAAGAAGCGUGGUCGAACGACCAAAGCGCUAAUCCACCACCCCAUGCCUACACCCUCCAAGUCAGUGGAGCCUUUGAAAUUCCCCAGAAAGAGAGGCCCCAAGCCUGGCAGUAAGAGGAAACCUAGGACAUUGCUGAACCCAGCACCCACCUCUCCAACAACCAGUACCCCAGAGCCAGACACAAGCACUGUGCCCCAGGACGCUGCUACAAUCCCCAGCUCUGCCAUGCAGGCUCCCACAGUUUGCAUUUACUUGAACAAGAACGGCAGCACUGGGCCCCACCUAGACAAGAAGAAAGUUCAGCAGCUGCCAGACCAUUUUGGACCAGCUCGAGCUUCUGUUGUCCUGCAGCAAGCAGUACAGGCCUGCAUUGAUUGUGCUUAUCAUCAGAAAACAGUCUUCUCCUUCUUAAAACAAGGCCACGGGGGAGAGGUCAUCUCAGCUGUGUUUGAUCGGGAACAGCACACUCUGAACCUGCCAGCAGUAAACAGUAUCACCUACGUCCUCCGCUUCCUGGAGAAGCUGUGCCACAAUCUGCGCAGUGACAACCUCUUUGGGAACCAGCCUUUCACUCAGAACAGCCACAUGCAGCGCUCACACGAGUACGACCACGACAGGUAUCUACCAGACAGAAGCAGUUCGUUAGACGGCUCUCUGCAGGGACCAGGCCGGGGUACAAAGCGCUUUUCCCAAGAUCCCCCUCCAUACAGUGCUCCUCUCUCCCCCAAGUUACCAAAGAAUGACCGUCACCCUUUGGAAGGUGAAACCUUUGUCCUGGGAGAUGGCCUCCCAGGGCCCUUAGAGCCUCGCCUGGACCCCAUGGACUCUGCCUUGAACUCUGUCAAUUCAUCCAGCCACAGCAGGAGCUCCAGAGACUUUCGCCUGCCAGGAUACAGGCACCUGCAGCAGCCCUCUAGCCUCAGCCAGGGCAGCACCUCUGCCCUGCGCAGGCCUAGCUCUGGGGGGUCCGACAGGUACCUCGGCUCCCGGGACACCUCCCAGCUCAGCAGCCGUGACCCCUCGUCCUGGACGGUGGAGGAGGUGAUGCAGUUCAUCCGGGAGUCAGACCCACAGCUGGGCCCCCACGCUGACCUCUUCCGAAAACACGAGAUCGACGGGAAAGCCCUGCUCUUGCUGCGGAGCGACAUGAUGAUGAAGUACAUGGGGCUGAAGCUGGGGCCAGCCCUGAAGCUCACUUACCACAUCGACAAGCUAAAGCAAGGCAAGUUCUGAGAGGACUCGUGGCAGGAUGGAUCCUGGAAGCUCCGCUCCCGGCCGCCCCACCCGCGCUCACCUGCCGACAGGUUCGCAUGCACACACCCCCUUCCGCCGCAGCAGACGGACCCUCCCGACGCCCGGCCCGGCCCUCGGGGCCCCGCCCGCCCCGGCCAGGCCCCGACAGUGCUCAGGAGGAGCCCGGCACAGCUGGGCUUUGCACCAGACUCGAGCUGUGGGCGUCGGAAGCGGAGGGUUUCUUCCCUGCUGCCCAGCCAGCACUUCUCCGUGAGCUCACGGUCCUGCUUCCCUGGGAUGGAGCAGCUUCAGGCAGUGCCCCUGGGGACUGGGAGAUUGCCUCAGCUCCUCCUGCUCUCACUGUGGCUCAGCACUCCUGGUGGGGCAGCCCCCGGGCACUGAGCCUGCCCAGCCUCAAGGGGCUCGGUGCCCCCAGCCUGCCCUCAGCCCUGUGGCACCACAGCGAGCUCAGAGCCUUGACCAGCCAGCCCUGUCUCCAAACUGGGGGAGCCCAUCCACCCGGCUCUGCCUGCCCCCAGCUCCUGACCUGGCUCCAGCUGGGCACAUCGGGCCGAGGGUGGAAGCCUUCAUAUUUAUUCCAGACUGGGGAGGCCGUGUGGGAGCAUGGAGAGAGCUGGGAGAGCUGAGGAGCGGGGCUGGGCCUGCCGUGCCCCUGGCACAGAUGGGCCUGGGCUGGUGUUGGAGGCUGCCUGGAUGCUGCAGGACUCGGCUGAUCCUUCUCGCCUUUUUUUAUUUUUUUUUAAAUUUGGAUUUUUUUUUUUUUUUUUUUACUAAGGAGUUGUCUGUUUCAAAUGAUGAGAUGAUUUUUCUACCUGUGUUGAACUCGCAGCUCUUGGUGAUUUUUAGCCAGAGCUGCUAAGGUUUGUCUUCCCAGGGGCACUCCUGCUCCUCUAGAGUUGUGGUCUGUCCCAGCUCAGCAUGUGUGAGGGUUUUGGGUCUGGCCAGAGCAUCCCAGAGUGGUGACCUGUCCCGGCAUCGCUCUUCCUGUGAGGGCUUUGCCCUUCCCGAGGCACCUGUUGGUCUCAGGCAGUUUAAUGUAUUUAUUUUUGAUGGCACUUGAGUGCUUCCCGUGGUCCCAGACACGUUUCUGCAGCUGCACGAGGAGUGUCAGAGUGGAGCCACCAGCUGUGUCACCGCAGUGUCCCCUGGACAGCAGCUGCCAGCUCGGGGCUGCCCAGACCCCGGGGCAUCACUGGCACCAGCCUGGCCUGAGCUGGGACAGGGCUGGCAGGACAGGGCUGAUGGUCCCCAGUGUGUGCCCACACACAGAGCUCAGCACGCUUCCUCUGCAGUGACCAAAGGGCUGGGACGGAAUCUCCACUCCAAGCACUUCCUUCUCCUGUGCUCAGCUCACCCUCUGCAUCCGGAGCUGCAGCUCACAGCCUCCCUGCAGCCUCGAGGGCCUGGCCAGCAGCAGGACGGGCCCCUGUGGUGACCAACCCUCCAGGCUCUUGCACUGAGUCAGGUUUACCCCUAAGGGGCAAUGUUGCAAAAAAAAAAAAAAAGAAAAAAAAGAAAAAUACCCCAAACCCCAAAGUAAUAAAAAGGCAAAAUGGCUUUCUGUCCUGUAGCGCAGCCUGCGCUGCCGGCCCGGGGCUGGGGGCUCCGGCUGCUCACAGGGCCCCUCGGUGUGAGCCGGCCCCGGCAGGGUCAGCCAGUGCUUUCCUCUGCACUUAUUUUACGUUGAUUUGUUUAUAAAUAAAAGGAUACCAAGUUCCUCCCCGCA